AUGAGCUCCAAUACCAAACUGACAAAAACGUUAGCGCGUUUCCAGGCUCGUAUUGAGGCUGGGGACUUUUACGAGGCCCAUCAAACCCUGCGUACCAUUGCAAACCGUUAUGUUCGCAGUAAGCAGUACAACGAUGCAAUUGAUCUAAUUUCGGAAGGUGCACAGGCUUUUUUGACCGCAAAACAAGGUGGAUCGGCAACUGACUUGAUUUUCUAUCUGUUGGAGGUGUAUGAUGCAGCAGAAGUCCGUGUAAAUGACACCUCAAUUGCUAGAUUGGUGCAACUCUUAGCGAAUUUGGAUCCAGAAGAACCUAAUCUGAAAGACGUGGUAACGGGUAUGAACAAUUGGUCUAUUAAGUUUGGAUCCUGUAAGUAUGGUGACCCCUACCUCCAUUCUGUGAUCGGACCCAAACUCGCAGAUGGUGGCUAUGUUUAUGAGGCAGAAAGAUAUUUCGUAUUAGGCACAACCGAGUCUGUAAAAGAGUACGUUUCUCUCUUAUGGGAAUGGUUUCUACAAAGUGGCGAUAAGAAGGCCGCUGGAGAAUUCUUUUCAAGGCCAAUAUUCAACUAUUUGUUCAUUGGCAACAUCGAAAAUGCGUAUGCUAUUAAGGAUAGCUUUCUGAGCAAGUUUAUCGAAUGGUCGUCUGCAGCUCAUGAGAAAAUCGAUAAGAACGGUUUUGAAAUGUGGUACUUUGAAGACUAUGCAGACCUAAAUUUUUUGCAACUACUUAUUUUGACAUGCCAGUCGGAGAAUGUUGACCUCUUUAGAAACUUACAGAGCCACUACGCAGGAUCGAUAGACCAGUAUUCGUCCCAGCUGGAAUAUUUGGGCCAGGAAUAUUUCGGUAUCAAAAUACAGAAACCUGUUAACUUCAUGCAGGAUAUAAUGUCGGGGCUUCUCGGCAGUAAAUAG